CUGCUGCUGGACAAGUGCCGGGAAAGGGCCCUCGGAGGUUUCAUGUCCCCUCCCUGGCUCUUCAAACAGCACAAGUGGCACCUUGGCAGCCGGGGCGGCCACAACUUCCCCCCCACCCAUCCGUGACCAUAUAAAUCCCCCCGGCCGCGGCUGGCAAAGGGACAGCAGCACCCGGCGAGAUGGACGACAGCUCCAAGGAGGCGCUGAUGGAGGAGGCACCCCCGAGGUACACGGAGUCCCCCCGCCUGCCCUGCGUCCCCCACCAGCUCAAGUGCGUCCUGAUCGCCGUGGUGGUGGUGGUGAUCCUCGUGGUGGUCAUCGCCGCCUUCCUCCUCCUGGGGCUGCACAUCACCGAGGCACACGCGGAGACGGUGCUGCGAAUGACCAUCCACGGGCUGGAUGGCGAAGGGACCCCCCAGCGCCUCUCCAUGAGCAAGAAGGAAAGGACCGGGACGUUCUCGGUGCGGGACGGGCUCAACGCCUCGGCCACGGUGGUGUACGACUACAGCAAGCUGCUGGUGGGCUACAGGUCCUGGCGGCACCGCGCCUGCUACAUCACCCGCGUGGCCAGGGACAACUUCCCGGGGCUGGACGCUGUCACCGACACCUUCCAGCGCCGGCAGGCUGAGGAGGUUGGGGACAGCGCCGUGCCCCUGGCUGACCGCUCCAUCCUGGGCACCACCAUCAACAUCCUCUGCAGCACCGUGCCCGUGCCAGGCUGGGAGGUGGAGGAGGAGGAAGAAGAGGAGGAAGAGGAGGAGGAGGAGGCUGCCAUGGAGAGCAGCAUGAAGCAGGUGGUGGUGGAGGAGGAAGAAGAGGACUCGGAGCAGGUGUGCUGCUGCCCAGGCUGCUGCUUGCCCUGCACCAUGUGCUGUGCCAAGUGCUGUGCCAAGUGUGCCCGGUGCUGCUGCCUGCCCAAGUGCUGCAAGUGCCCCAAGCUUCCCGGCUGCUCCGGCUGCUGCAGCUGCUCCGGCUGCUUCAGCUGCCUCAAGAAGUCCCUGUGCUUCGUCCCUCGCCUGCUGUGUUACCUGCCCCGCAAGCUGCUGGGCUGCCACCACCUGCGGUGCCUCCUCAUCGUGGUGGUGGUGGUGGUGCUGCUCGUGGUCAUCAUCGCCGGUGCCCUGCUCAUGUGGCUGCACGUCGACCAGAGCCACGCCGACACCGUGCUGCGGAUGGGUUUGUGGGGAGGGUCGGCCCGGGAAGAGGACGCUGCCACCUUCUACCUGGACAGCGGGGACGGGAACGCGGCCACCGUCAUCUAUGACUACAGGAAUCUGCUGGUGAGCUACAGAUCCCGCCUGCACCGCGCCUGCUUCGUCACCCGCGUGGACAAGGACAACAUCCCGGGGCUGGACACGGUGGCCGAGACCUUCCAGCGCCGGCAGGACGAGCAGAGGAUCUCCCUGCCCCUGGCCGACCGCUCCCUCCUGGGCACCACGGCGAGCAUCCUCUGCAGCGCCCUCCCCGUCUACUGGGCUUAGCCCCGCUGGGUGAGCGGGAAGGGUGGGCAGGGGGCGCUGGGGGACCCGCACCCACCCACCAGCGCCCUCACAGCGCCGGCUUUGCCUUGCAGCACCCCCCGACAGACACAGCGCUGCCGCAGCCCCUCUGGAAGCAUCAGCGAUAUCCCUCCCCCCUCCGCCUCGCCCACCCCGAUUUUGGGGCGCGGGGGUGGGCAGGGGGCCGGGGGGUUCAGCGUUGGAGGGGCGCGGGGGGGGUGGG